AAAAACAAUAUAAACUGCCAUCCAUUCUCAGUCACGCAGCAGUUGUGAUAUGGUUCCGAUCAGUUUAAUCUAAAUUAGUUUGAAAAUCAUGGGAUUCAGAGAAGUGAAAAUGCAGUUUCUUGCGGCAGUUGUAGUGGGCGUGCAAGCCAGUGGAUAUGGCAUUAUAAAUGGUUGGUCCAGUCCGAAUAACAUUAAGCUUCGAUCCGACACCGAUAAUCCAUUGCCCAGUGGUAAGUUGACAGAAAACGAAAUUUCGUUGACAUCGUCUAUUGUGACAACUGGUGCAAUGGUUGGGAUCCUGUUCGCUGGGCUUAUAGCAAAUAAAUUUGGCCGAAAAUGGCCAAUACUUCUGUUAACGAUUCCAAUUACGGUGUCCUGGCUUCUCAUUUGGUUUGCGCAAAAUGCGUAUUACUUAUAUGUUGGUCGGGCCAUUCAAGGUGCAGUGGUAGGCGCUAUAUUUUCGUUAUGCCAAUUCUAUUUUGUUGAAAUAUCCGAUCCCAGUGUUCGAGGAAUUUUAUGCGCAUCCACAGUACUUGCAGGACAUAUUGGCGUACCAGUGGGCUUUGCGUUGGGCUACCUUGAUUGGGCCGUAACACCUAUAUUUUCAAUUGCGUUGAGCGUAUUAGCUGGCAUUCUGAUGUACUGGUUCCCUGAAACUCCCACAUAUCUCGUAAAACAAAAUAAAAUUGCAGAAGCGGAAAAAUCAAUUCGAUUUUACAAAAAUUUACGAGCCAAUCCAGAAGCCGAUAAAAUUGUUCAAAUCGAGAUGGAAAGCAUAAAAUCUGAAAUGAGUCAGUCCCAGACGGACAUGUCAAACCAGAGUUCUGCAAAGUUGUCUGACUUUCUAACGAAUCCUGGUAGAAAAGCUAUGACAAUUGGAAUUGUCUUGGCGGCACUGAAUCACCUAACUGGUUCGUUCGUCUUAAUCGCCUAUUCUGGCACCGUUUUUCAAAAAUCUGGAUCAGCAUUGUCGCCAAAUGAUUCUGCUCUAAUAAUCGGAUUUAUUCAGUUGAUCGGGACAUUUUUAGUGCCACUGUCCAUUGAAUGGACUGGACGAAAGGUUUUGUACGGUAUAUCGACAGUAUCGUCUGUGGUGGGCUUCGGUUUUUUAGGUACCUAUCUAAUGUUUCAAUCUUGGGGCUAUGAGGUGAGCCACCUAAACUGGAUUCCAAUCGUUUGCUGCUCGUUUGUAGUCUUAGCUCAGUCACUCGGUGUCUCAACAUUAUCAUUCACCGUAACUGCGGAAGUAAUGCCCGAAAACAUAAAGGAAAUCGGCAUAACAGUUUCGAAUUUUGCCAUGUGUGCUGUUGGAACACUUGUCUUACAGUUCACUAGUAAUUUGGAUGAUGCAAUGGGUCAAUUUGGAACAAUGUAUUUGUAUGGUGGACUCUCUAUACCAGCUGCAGUGUUUGUGUUUUUUUACGUUCCAGAGACAAAAAAUAAGAGCUACGAACAGAUAAUGGCUGCGCUCAAGUAGGAAGCAGUUAUACGUUUCAUUGGAAUAGACCAAUACUCUAUCUAGCAAACAAACUCUCAGCUCUCUGUGUCAAAUUCACACCUUAUUUCUUUGUAGUUUGUUUGCUAGAGAGAGUAUUGAAUAAACAUUUUUUGUUCAAUGCACAACGCCAUCUAGAUAUCAUUUCUAUGUCUCUAGAACCACUCUGCAUGUAUUUCUUAAGGAAUCAUUCACAAAUUACAAAACGCUUUUCAUCAAAA